AUGGAAAGUAUUUCAAAAGCAUACCUAAUCUUCUUAUUAUUGGGUUGUUUGAUGACCUAAACAAAUUAAAUGACCUUGGAUGAAAUUAAAGAUCAAAUUGUCAAUGAUUGGAAAAGUCUUGCUUUAGAAUUGAAUCCUUUCGAAUAAGGAGGCCAAAUCUUCCCCACAUAUGUGAGAAGAUAAUGGAAUUUCACAUCAGAUUCUGAAUUCUCAAUGAAAAUUGAAAUUUUCAAUGAUCAUUCUGGAUCUAACAGACGUUAAACUUAUGAAGGAAGCGGAAUUAUAACAUACUAAGGUGAAAGCAGUGCUAUUCAAGGAGCAUUCCUUUGCUAAUUUAAUCUUAAUAAGACUCUAAUCUUAACACUUCAUACAGAUGAAGUUGUAACUUAAUUUAACCAAAUUUAAACGGAAGGUAUUACUUGGAUUAAAGACAAACCUCAAGAUAUAACAUUAUUAGCAGUGCCUGCAUUUAAUAAAUUAGCUGGACAACCUCUAGUAGUAUACGACUUAAUAUAUUUUCAUGACAAUUAUUUAUAUAUGGGUGAAGUUGAUGCAUUUGGCAAUAUGGCUUCUCUUGAACAGCCACCACAAGGUAUAUGCCCACCAUUGAUACCUUUCUCUGAUGAUACGACCCCUCUAACUUUGGAAGAGCUCAAAGAAGAAAUGGUCACCGGAGUUUGGAGUAGUAUUGCAAAAGAGGUUAGACCAGGAUUUGAUAAUCAGGGUCAAGUGAUUACAAUUUAUAUAACUAGAGAAUUAAGUUUUCCAGAUGACUCCUCCUUCGAUCUAAUUAUUAAUAGAUUUCCUGGCCCAGGACAAACAGAGUCACUAUUAGAUUUUGAAAUGAUUGGUUCACUAAUUUGGGAAGGGGAUGCAUCUUCUGUUGUUCCUGGUGCUCAAUUUACAUAGUUUGUUGUGAAUGAAGUUUAUCUAACACCAAAAUCUGAAGCUAUAGUGUCAGCAUUUAAUUAAAAUUUACCAGCAGGUGUUGAUCCUUUUCAAUUGAAUUAAAGGGCAAACCUAACUUAAAAGGAUUUCCCUGGAUUAGGAUUAUCAAAAGAUGAAUAGGUCAAAGAAAAUGAUAUAAUCUAUAUGAGACAGAAUCGUUUAUAUUUAGGAGCUAGACCUGUCGAUGGAUCAAGACCAUACCCUAUUGAAAAGCGAACCUACAGUUUAAGUGACGAUCUCGUAGAUCCAGAAAGAAGUGCUUCAAAAGGUGUCAUAAUCCUUCUAAGCCUAAUAAUUUUUAGUGUUUGGAUUUGA